UUGCCAAGUAUUCCAGAAUUGACUAACAUGCUGCUUCCUUUGAUGGCGUCACUCUCACCCCGCCUGCCCUAAAAAGAAGAAGCCAGGCUUUAAACUUACUGUUGUAAGACACUCUGCCCAUAGCCAACAUUGAAGCCCGAAGAGAGUGGACACAAACUAGUAGACAGCAUUGGCAAAGGUCUCUUGACAUCUUGAGACACUUAUUAGAAAAGGUCACCUUUAUUAGAGCAAUCUUCACAUUAAAGUAAGCACAUCAACUCAAAUGGCAUCAUAAAAAGGAGGAGGUGAACAGCGCAAGAGAAAGCAUUCAUUCUCUGAAAGCCGGAGGAUAGAAGUCCAUCGUACAAUGGCUGCAAUGGCUACAAUGGCUGCUGUGACUGCAGUGAUAAAUAAGUCUACAGGAGCAGACAACAGAUCCUGCAUUACCCCCCAGAACUUGGUGGUGAAGGUUCUGCCUCCAGUUCUGAUCAUAGAAAUGCUAGUGGGCCUGCCUGGCAAUCUGAUAGCUUUGUGGAUCUUCAGUUGCCGUCUGAAGGUCUGGAGGCCCAAUACACUGUUCCUGUUCAACCUGGUCCUGGCAGACUUCCUGCUUCUCAUCAGUGUGCCUUUCCGCAUCGACAACCUUUUCCGUGGGGAAAACUGGGUCUUUGGUGACACCUGGUGUCGCGUCAACCUCUUCAUGCUAGCAGUCAACCGCUCAGGUAGCAUCGCCUUCAUGACGGCCGUAGCGAUGGAUCGCUACUUUAAGGUGGUUCACCCACACCACCGCAUCAACCAUAUGACAUCCACUCAGGCAAAGUGGGUGGCGGUGGGGAUCUGGAUAGUUGUGAUCUCCCUCAGAAUCCCACUGCUGGCCACUAACCUACUCCAGAAGCACAAAGACAAGUUCCUGUGUCGGAGCUUCAACCACUACAAGGUCAUUCCUCCAGCAAUCAUCCUGCACUACGUGGUGUUCAUCGGGGAGUUCUUCUUCCCCUUGCUGCUCCUGCUUUUCUGCUCGGCCAGGAUUUCCUGCAUCCUCCGCCAACGGCAGAUGGACCGGGAGCAGAAGGUGCGAAGGGCUGUGCGUGUGGUUCUCGUGAUAGUACUCGUAUUUGUCACCUGCUUCAUGCCGGGAAUCGCCACGGGACUGGCGGGGAUGGCUUUAAAGGCGGUCGGUGCUGACUGUGCGUCCAACCAUUUGGCUGCUCAGCUUUUUAGCCUGUCUAUUGGGUUCACCUACAUGAACAGUGCCCUGGACCCUAUCAUUUACUGCUUCUCAAGCUCCAUGUUCCGCAACAGCCUGAAGAGCUCCAUCAACCGCCUGGGCCUGGUGGAUAUGAGGCUGAGCCGAAGAGGCAGCAUGACCAGCGAUGGGUGAGGGGAAUGUAGGAGCAGAGACAACAGAGAGGGAAUCCAUCUGAUUGGGACUAACUAGGAGAGCAGGCGUUGUGCCAACUGUGCAACCGCACAGGGCCUCACGCCACUGGGGGCCUUGGGCCUGCCUGGUUUGAAAUUUUUUCUUUUCUACUUUCAAUGUUUUUUUAUUCCUGUUCUUGACUCGAUGUGCUCUAAAAUGAAAUUCAAUCUUAUACAUUUUUUCAUUCAUGAUUUACGUUAGUCCACAGGGCGUUACUGUGAGAGUCCCUGUGAGAGUGUGAGGUGGAAGAAGGAGAUGGUCACGGUGUAUGUCAAUAAGCAGGGCCUCGCAUGUUAAGUUCGCACAAGGCCUCGUAUCCCCCUUGCGUUGGCUCUGUGUAUAUGGAUGGGACUGCGCUAUGACAAAUGUUUUUUUUUGCUUAAACGUGACAAGGUAUGUGUCGCUGCAGCUGUGUUUUGAAGCCUUUUGUUGUUUUAUGGAAUACCACAUUAUCAAGUUCAAGUCUUUUAUUGUCAGAUACACAGAUUAAUACAGGGUUAGAAUGGGCACUGAAAUUCUUUGUUAUUAUGAAAUACCAGAGAAUCCUGGUAUCGAAAGGUUUUAUUUCAUUGAAAUGAAUCCACAUUCAUUUCAGAAAGAAGAUAUAAUAUCUAUAAAUGUGUCUUUAUUCACAGUUUUAUACUUUUCUUGAUAUUAUGAUCAUAUAACUAUUUUCUUUUUUUCAUGGAUUAAGAAAUAUCUGUAAUAGUUUAAGUGCUUGAGAUUGUGUUUUUAAAAUACACGUUAAUGUAAAUAUAAAUGAAUAAAACACACACCAUA